UCGUCUGCCCGCCGCCGAACAGAUCCAGAUUGUUGGCCUGAAGCGCCGACCUUUGUGAGCGACUCAUCGUCUCAUCGGCUUAUCUCGUCAUUGUCGAGGGUUACUCGAUUUCGCCCGUCAUCGUAGUGCAAAGGAUCCUUCGGUGUGCUUUGUUUACGCGGGUCUGCAGCCGCCGUGAAAGCGGCUACUCCUGUCCCCCGCCGACCCGCUUGAAACGGAUCUCUCACGGACACGAGAAAACACAUCGCCACCGCGUCCGUUUUUAUGAACACUGCAAAAGAAAAGAGCCUCUCGGACGACGAUUCAAGAAACGAUGAAGAAUCGUCACAGACGGCUCCGCGAUCUAGUAAGGAUGCUGAGAGUGACGAAGCAAACUCGAAUAACCAACAGACCGUGCGGAUGCCGCAUGGUGCCUGCGGCCAAUCGUCCUCCAAUCGCAGUGCGCGAGCGAACAAAAGCGAUCAUCCCAAUGUGGUGGUGCGUGUGGCGCCCCAAACGGGUGCUCAGUCGUCCAAAGGAUCGGCCGGCGGUAGACGGGCAGCCAACGAGGAGCAGGAGAUGAAGCGUGCCUCGGCAAAGAAGCUGAUCGAACAGUACUUCUACCAGUUGGUGGACGGUUGCGGGAACCCUUCCUGUACGAACAAGCACUGCGCAUCGAGCGGGAAGGUGGAAAAGCUCACCCCGAAUGCGGCCGCCGCUCGUGCGAUACAGCUGUUCUCGCAAGAGGCAACCCUGUGCUACGAGGCGCAGCCUUCUAAGGUGCAAAAAACGGAGCAAAAGUACACGGCAAGCGGUAGUUCCUCUGCGGCGGACAAAAAGUGUACCCAAGCAAGACGAACCAGUCCACGGUUGUCACCGGCGACGACGGCGUCGGCGACAGUUACCAAUCAGCGGCCGGAAUGUAUGGAGGUGGCCUACGAAAGCUCGGUGCAGGAAUCGAUGGAAGACGACACCAUGACACCGCUGGAGUGUUCCGACGGAAUCGGAGAAAUGGAGCACAGUCCGGCGGGGAAGAACGCUACCAGCAGCAGUAGCAGUAGUAGCAGUAGCAGCAGUAGGGGUGGUGUGAAAACUCCGAGUAACUCGCGCGGCGACAGUGCCCCCGUUGGCGGCAGCAAAGGCGCCAGCAGUACGACGCCGUAUCUGGACGAACAGAUUUUGCAGGAAUUUAGUGACCAGUGUACGGCGGCAGGAUCGGACACGCUGCUUAUCCGACCGCUCGGUGCCAUAUUUUCCUCCUACCAUCUGCUGGCGGCCAGCUUUCAGCGCAGCAAAGCGACGUCCAGUAUCGACCGGGUGCUGGCCCGGGCACCGCCCGGUGAUUUGCGGAACAUGAAAAAGGAAGACUUGCGAUCGCUCGAGGGCGAUCUCGAUAAGGACGAGGACAGCAAGGCACCGGCAGCGGAGUCACCUCAGGAAGCGGCCGACCCGAACCAUACCGCGGUCGACCUAGCAUCGUUACGGCGCUCGAUCAAGGCCCUGUACGCGGCGCGGCCGACCGUGUUUGGGCCGAUCAACAAUGCGCUCCAAACGCUCGGCGAUUCGCUGGCGAGGGAUCUGCGCAUCAAACUGACCACCGCGGAGGAACUCGAAUCGAUCGUGACCGUGUUUGUGAUCGUCUUCGAGACGCUGCUCAUCGGUUCGGCCGAACUGCUGGAUGGUUCGUUUUCACGCAUCUGUUCGGCGGUCUCGUAUCUGCCCGUGUCGGCACAGGCACGGCUGGUGCGCGUCUGGGCACACAACUGCCCGGACAGUAUCCACCCGUUGUUGCAGCAACUCCAGCAGCUGGUCACCAUCUCGACACUGUCCCCCAGUUCGUACCGGCACGUCCGGGUGCACGAUAACGAUGACGUCUGCAAUGCGAUACGGACCAUGAAGUUGGUGUUCUACGCAAACAUUCUGGCCGGCGAGCUGGAACCAAAGCACUACCGGGAGACCGAUCUGCGGGACACGUCGUUACCGACCUACCUGUCGCUGAUAGCGGAGGACGACGACGAUCUGACGAUGAUGGGCGGCGACGACGACGACGAUGCCGGCAGUGGGACCGGCAGCGAGCGAAAGAGCGGUAAGCAGAAGGGCAAAUUCGAAGAUCCACUAGCGAAGGAACUGGACGUGAAUCCGCUCGACUGCCGCCGGCCACUGGUACCGUACGGAGAGUUCUACAACGAGACGCUGUGCGAGCACAUCGAGAUGGAUCACGAUUAUUUGGUGUACAAAAACAUUUCCGCCGAGAUGGCGCAAAGCCAGGCGGCGGGCGAAACGCGAUCGCGGCACUUUUGCUUCAUGUACUACUCGUUCAUCCUGACGCCGGCCACGAAAACGCUGGCCCUGUACUACGAUUCGCGCAUCCGCAUGUUCUCCGAGCGGCGCCUCAGCUACCUGCACAACGCCAACAUCGGCAGCAACGCGGGGCUGCAGAGUUUGAACCCGUUCCUGAACCUGCGGAUCCGGCGCGAUCACAUCAUCGACGAUGCGCUCGUCGAGCUGGAAAUCAUUGCCAUGUCGAACCCGAAGGACCUCAAGAAGCAGCUGGUGGUGGAGUUUACGGGCGAGCAAGGCAUCGACGAGGGCGGCGUGUCCAAGGAGUUCUUCCAGCUGAUCAUCGAGGAGAUCUUCAAUCCCGACUACGGGAUGUUCGUGUCGAACGAUGACUCCAACACGGUGUGGUUCAAUUCGAUGUCGUUCGAAAACGAGGCCCAGUUCACGCUGAUCGGCAUCGUGCUCGGGUUGGCCAUCUACAACAACAUCAUUCUGGCGGUCAACUUUCCGAUGGUCGUCUACCGGAAGCUGAUGGGCAUGAAGGGAUCCUUCCUGGACCUGAAAGAUCUCAAUCCGGUCCUUUUCAACAGUCUGACCUCACUGCUGGAGUACACCGAGAACGACAUGGAGGAAGUGUUUAUGCAAACGUUCAAGAUCGGCUACCGGGACGUGUUUGGCAAUACGCUCGAGCACGAGCUGAAGGCGGACGGGGACAAGACGUUCGUCACGCAGGACAACAAGCAGGAGUUUGUCGAUCUGUACAGCGAUUUUCUGCUCAACCAGAGCGUGGAGAAGCAGUUCCACGCGUUCCGGCGCGGCUUCCAGAUGGUGACGGACGAGAGCCCGCUUCACCUGCUGUUCCGGCCCGAGGAGGUGGAGCUGAUCGUGUGCGGGAGCAAAGAGUUUGACUUUAACGAGCUGGAAAAGUCGACCGAGUACGAGGCCGGCUUUACGGCCGACUCGCAGACGAUCAAAGACUUCUGGACCAUCGUGCACGGCCUGUCGGUUGAGGCGAAGCGCAAGCUGCUCCAGUUCACCACCGGUUCCGACCGGGUACCGGUCGGCGGUCUGAGCCGGCUCAAGCUGGUCAUCGCCCGGAACGGCCCGGACUGCGAUCGGCUGCCCACGAGCCACACGUGCUUCAACGUGUUGCUGCUGCCGGAGUACGAUUCCAAAGAGAAGCUCGAGGAACGGCUGCUGAAGGCAAUAAACUACUCGAAGGGCUUUGGAAUGCUGUAACGGAGGGGCCCCAGUUUCCAGCGGUGCUCUGCAACCUGGUCGCUGCUACCGGCGUGUGUGUCGUUAUUUUGUUCACUCCUUUUUUGAUAUUUGUGAUUUCUGGUUUCUCUUUCCGCCCCGCUCCCGAGUAUGCCGUUAUCGUUUUCUCCCCGUACUUACAUCCGAGUGUUUUUUGGAACGAAUCAAUGUUAGAGUCCCUCCACGUUAAG